GCACCAGAAUGUUUUGGUUAAUGGCGACAUCCACGUGACAAGGAAGGAACGAUAUCAAAUAAUUAUGAAAAAUCAUUUUCUGUGUCGCAAGGACCAUUGUCAUGUGUUAAUCCUUUUUUUGAGUUCAUGUAUAUUCUUACUUUGCGUUUGUCAGGAGCAUUGCAGCAUUAACAAUGUUGACUUAUCCGCAGUUGAAAGAUUUGGUCCAUGGGAGUCUAGGUCAGAUGAUGGUAAUAUUACAUAUCAAAUAAACUUGUGUGGAAGACUUCCUGUUGGUACAGCAGGAACAGUGAGGCCAGAAUGUCACUCAGAUACUGUGAUGUGUAUGAUCAAAGAUGGUCAGGCACUCUCUAUUGCCAAUUACACCAAUACCACAUUGGUAGCUCCAUCCAACAAGGAGCUUGCAGAGGUGUGGAUCAUAAGGAGUGGGGACAGCUGCCCGGAGAUGUCGGGAGAGAAUCUCAAUAGUAUCAUCAAUCUCAAAUGUGGAAAAACUCUAGGAAUGCCCAAGUUUUUAUCUUAUACCUACUGCACAUCAUAUUUUGAAUGGAGAACGAGUUAUGUUUGUCAAAAUAUACCUGUCUCUCAUCAUGAAGUACCCUGCUAUGUGUAUGAUGAAGAUGGUAAAUUACAUGACCUAAGUGCACUAGUGAAGACAACAGGAGGUUACUUGGUAGACUCGGCAGAAGGAUGGGACUUCUACAUUAAUGUCUGUCGAGACAUAACAUCAGUUAAAGGUGAUAAGACAUCCCGCUGUCCUACUGGUAGUGCUGCGUGUAGAAUGAACAACAAUACAGUGAUAGACAUGGGACGUACCACACAGAGGUUAAAGAUGGACACGAGUAGUCACCUGACUCUGACUUAUAGCUCCAAUGUCACAGUACCUGGAUGUACAGCCAAACCUACAACCACUAUACAGUUUGUUUGUCCAGAGACAGGAGGGAGUAAGGACCCUGAGCUUGAGUUUGAUUUUAACUGUCAAUACAGAGUCUUAUGGAAAACCGAACAUGCCUGUCCGGAAGUGUCCGUUUCUUCCUCCACCUGCCACCUCAGCAAUCCACAACGGAAUAUUGAUGUGGAUCUAACUCCACUCACCAACUCACCAGGAGUUGAUAAACCAUAUGAAGUUUAUGUAAAUGCCUCUGCUUCAAGUCCCCACACCUUAAAAUACUUUAUUAAUGUAUGUGGAGAGCUUGGGAUUCAGUGUCCAGAUGAAGAUCAUGUUAGAGGAGUGGCAGUAUGCCAGACCAUGGUUGGAAAUUCUGGCUGGGGACAUGUCCUGGGGAAUACUGAUCACCAGAUCCUGAAGUAUGUGGAUGGGCUGCUGACUCUGACAUACAAAGGAGGAGAGAAGUGUAACCAUAACAAAUUCCAGAGAGAGACUAUCAUCACCUUCCACUGUAAUCACUCAGCAGCGAAUGAUGGCAAGGGUUGGCCUGUCUUUAACAGAGAAGAGGAUUGUACAUAUCUCUUUGACUGGGACACAAAAUAUGCCUGUCUGGAUCACCCUGUAAUUGAAAAAUGCAGGGUUAAUCAUAAUGGCAGGAGAUAUGAUUUGUCACCCCUGGUCAAACAUUCAGGUAAAAACUGGAAUGUUUUGGAGGGUGGUGAAAAAGACAAUCAUCUUAGUCUUUACUAUAUCAAUGUCUGCAGUGAUAUCCUCCAUGUUGAUCAGGCUACUCGCUGUAAAUCUGACUCAUCUGUCUGUUUAAUAGAUAAUAACGGAGUAAACAGUUUGGGUCGGUACCUCCAAAAUCCGACCUUUGACCCCAGAUCAAACACUAUACAGAUCAAAUACACAGAGGGGGAUGUUUGUAAGGACAAUACACAGAGAAAAUCAUCCAUUAUUACUUUUAUCUGUAAACCAGGAGACCUGGACAGUGGGCCUGUUCUUUUGAGACAGUCCCUGGAUGAGUGUAUUUAUGAGUUUGAGUGGCAGACAGCAGCCGCUUGUGUGUUGUCAAGGGAGACAGGCUCCGGCUGUAUGGUGUAUAAUGAGGACUUGGGCAUUAGUUUUGAUUUAAACAAGCUGAAGAGAUCAGAGGGACACUAUUACAAUGAGACAGCCAAGGACUACGAUUACAUACUAAAUAUCUGUGGCCCAGUAACGAAUACUCUGUGUGACAGUAAAUCUGAUCAUAUCUCUAACCCAGGAGUCUGCCAAAUCAAGCAUGGAGGGACAGCCAAUGAUACCUUUGUAACUGGACAGGCAAAUAGCAACCUUACAUACUAUGAUGGACUCAUCAAAAUAAAGUAUGAGAAUGGAGCUUUGUAUAACAGCAAGCCAAAAGUUCCCCGCCGAACUGAGAUAACCUUGAUCUGUGACCGACAGGCUGGCCCGGGGGGUCCCAAGUAUGUGGAUGAGGGAUUAACCACUGCUUGGACAUAUACAUUUUCCUGGAACACAGAGUUUGCCUGUCCCAGUAGCCCCAUUGAAUGUACAGCCACAGGGGGAGGGAAGCAAUAUGACUUAUCUAGUUUAUCUAGAGGCUCAGCACAGGAGAACUGGGCUAUAGUGGAUGAUUCUGAUCCUAACUCCAGGAUCAAGUUUUACAUCAAUGUGUGUAGUCCCUUGAAGGAGGUCAGAGUUGGGCCAGGCUGUAGUCCCUUUGCUGCUGUGUGUCAGACCCAGUACAAGAAUGGACAGGAGGAAUUGCUGUUUGAUAAUCUUGGAGAGGUGACAUCAGGCCCCACUGUAGAACGGGAGGGUCAACUUACACUGAAAUAUGUCAGUGUAAAGAAUGAAUGUCAGGAUAUCAACAAUAAAAAGACUAACUGGACGACCAGCAUUCACUUUGUCUGUAAAAGAGGAGCAUUAACCACUGGUCCCAGUCCCCCUCAGAAGAUUGGACCAUGUGAAUAUUCCUUUGUGUGGGAAACGGAAACAGCGUGUCCUGUAGCUGACACUGAUACCAAGGAUGAUAACUGUACAAUCAAGGACCGCAACUCAGAUUACACAUUCAACCUGUCCCCAUUAAAACGGAGAGGAGAGAAAGAUUACUACGAGGUUAAUGCUAUGGGAACUGACAAAAUUAGGUUAAACCUUUGUGGUAGUAUAAACACCAGUCACUGUGCUCCGGUAGAGGGAGCUAAAGCAGCUGCCUGCCUGGUAAAAACUGGAUCCACCCAUGGACUGGCCACUGUUGACCACACUCUGGACUACUCAGAGGAUGGCAGACUCAUGAUGACCUUUGAUGGGGUCAGACAGGAUAAUGGACAGAGAACACAGGUGAUCAUUCUGUUCCUGUGCCGACAGAAUAUCCCCUUGGGGGCCCCUGAAUUUGUCCGUAAGGAGGAGAAUGCUUACUAUUUUGACUUUAAGACUUCGUUGGCCUGCCGACCCCAACCUGUGGACUGCCUGGUCCAGGAUCAGAGAGGAAAUCAGUAUGAUUUAUCUCCCUUGGCCAGGGCUGGCACUAACUGGCAGGUGCUGGAUACAAGGCCACACUACUCAGAUUUGACAUAUUACAUCAAUGUCUGUAGACCCAUUAACACUAUAGCAGGAUCUACUUGUCCAGGUGGUCCUGUAGGAGGGUGCCAGGUUUCUAAGUCUGGACGGGCUUACAACAUGGGAUAUAUCCAGUCCCAGCCUGUGGUGACAGGGAAUGGCACAUUGACACUGAGGUACGCAGGUGGUGACCGAUGUCACAAGGGUCGACCAACAGAGUCCUCACGCAGCACCAGGAUCAACUUCUUCUGCUCCCCAUCAGAGCAUAGCCCUAGCUUUGAGGGGGAGACAGACACAUGCGAGUACAUCUUCAACUGGCAGACCCCUGCAGCUUGUCGCGUAAAGAGGAUUGUUGGUGAGAACUGUUCAGUAUCAGAUUCCGUAUAUGGUUACACUUUUGACUUGAAUGGCCUCAGGAAAACAAGUGGUAACUAUGAAGUAAAGGCUGGAGAGUACAUGUACGAACUGAAUGUGUGUGGUCCACUGAUAACGUCAUCUAAGUGUACUGAUUCUACCAUAGCUUCCUGUCAGACAAAGCUGGCAGACAGCAGCUUCCAUCGUGAUGCAGGUCACAGCAGUAGUAGUUUGGUAUACAACAUUGGGGAGAUAACUCUUACAUACAAUUCUGGACAACUUUGUCAUGGCAAGUACAAUCGUAGCACAGUGAUAACAUUUGUGUGUGAUCAGUCAAAGUCUGGCCAGGAGGGACCCAGCUUUCUGAAUGAAACAGAGGACUGUACCUACCAGUUUGUUUGGCCUACUUCUAAGGCCUGUACCCCAUUUAAAGUGGGGGAUUGUGGGGUGAGGGGACCGAACGGGGUGCAGUAUGAUCUGUCAAGCCUCUCCUUGAAUGAUGAUAAUUACCAGACAAUAGACCACAUGGCGAGGAAAAAGUACAUCUUUAAUGUGUGUCGUUCACUAAUUCAUCAGAGAGGAGAGACCUGUCCUUUCAAUUCUGCUGCCUGCAUUGUUGACCUCAGUGAGAAAGAUCCAAAGAAGAAAUUCCACAACAUAGGGGAGGUCAGUGAGGAGCAGGUUAUGUUUUUGGACGGUCACUUACAGCUUGUGUACACAAAUGGGGAGAUGUGUCAGAGUGUCCCCUCCAAACACGUCUCCACCCGCAUCCUACUCUACUGCAACAAGGACUCUAUUGAUACUUCACCUGCUGGACACUUUCAGGUGGGAUGUGAACACAGGUUUGUGUGGCAGACAGUGGCAGCAUGUCAGAUGGAAGCUCCAGAUGUUACUGGGGGAAACUGCACGGUCACCAACCCCAGAUCCGGGUAUACUUUUGAUUUGCACUCUCUCAAAGAAACGAAAGGCUACAAUGUGUCAGACAGAGCAGACCACACAUUUACCCUGAAUGUUUGUCAGGCUGUCACUGGAACCAGGUGUAAAGAUAAAUCAGGUGCUUGCCAAGAGGAAACUAGAGGACAGUUGAGAUCAUUUAAUGCUGGAAAUGCUAAUGCUAAGUUACAGUAUGAUGAUGGAAUUCUGUUCCUGAAUUACACAGGGGGAGAUAAAUGUCACCAAGAUCAAUUUGAGCGGAAUGUUAUUAUCAGUUUUAUUUGUUCGCUGGGUGCUGGUCGGGGCCACCCAGAAUUCAUUGCAGAAACUGAUGAUUGUACCUAUCAGUUUGUGUGGCACACUGAGCUAGCUUGUGAGGAACAGGUAAGGUGCUCUGUAGAAAAGGAUGGUUACACGGUAGAUCUGGCUCCCUUGAUAAAGAAAUCCGGCCAUCAUCUGGCUGUGUCCACAACCAGACGAGGAUCUACCACUAACGGUACAUUCUACAUCAAUAUCUGUCGCCCUCUUAAUCCUAUAUAUGGAAAGCUCUGUCCCCCUGGAGCUAGUGCAUGCUGGGAUAGAGUAGGAAAGUCACCCAUUAGUCUAGGUAAAGCAAGGAGCAGGCCUCAACUGGAUCCAGUCACUAAUAAGAUUUACCUUCUAUAUGACCAUGGAUCUAAGUGUCCAACAAAUGCCUCUACAAGUAUUACCACAAAAAUCAUCUUCAAUUGUCGGCCAGGACCAUCUGCUGGUGUGCCAAAGUUGGAGUAUGUAAAUGGUUGUCAGUAUAUAUUUGAGUGGGACACCAAUGUUGUUUGUGAGAGAAAUAAGACUGAUGUUCCUAAAAGGAAUUGUGUUUAUAUGGACCCCAUCACCAGGGCAACAUAUAGUCUGUCAGGCCUCAAAACUGAUCAACCAAUUCAGCUGACCAGGAAUGGUGUGAAAUACUUGAUAAAUCUCUGUGAAGGUUUUGGUCCCAAUUAUCCUGGUUGUGAAGAUUCCUCCAUUUGUCGCUGGAAUGGGGUCAAAGGUCAUGGUUAUGGCAACGUCACUACUGGUCAGUUCAUCACCAGUGAGGAACAGCUGAAACUGGUCUACAAGAAUGGAGAGGAUUGUCAAGGUAACAGUGAGGGAGUCAUUAACUUUGAGUGUGAGUUAUACACCUACCCAGGAUCUCCCACUAUCACAUUCACCAGUGAGUGCCAGGGAACAUUUCGUUGGGGUACUAGGGCUGUGUGCCCAACCAUAGCUGACCAGUGUACUCUGGCCCAAAAUGGACAUGUAUAUGAUCUUAGUGUGUUGUCACGACAACAGGGAAGCUGGAAUUUAACAGAUGCACAAGGAAACACUUACUGGAUAAACAUCUGUCAGGGUGUUCACAAUGGACCAGAUGCUGGGAGAUGCUCAGACAAGUCGGCAGCAUGUCGCCGUACACCAGAUGGCAGGGUGGACAGUAUAGGAAUGGUUACAUCACAGAGUCUUGUUAUGGGAGAUGAUGGGAAAACACUAAAACUUGAAUAUUCAAGUGAUGAUUUGGCAUGUGCCAAUAAACACAGACGGAGUGAUAACCUGAAGACGAGAACUGUCAUACAGUUUGAGUGUGGUAAUUCUGUAGGAGGACCAGUUUACAUUCCCAGACAAACCAAUGUCCGUGAGUGUGUAUUUGAGUUCAAGUGGAAGUCCAUUGUUGCCUGCCAAGUGGAGAGACACAGUGUCCAGGAAGACAGAGGCAAAAUAAUGGAUCCUAAAUCAGGUUCAAUAAUAAAUAUCACCAAGUUGUAUGGAUUACACUCUGUGUCCGGUGUUUCUGCAGAUUACGAGAUUGACUUGUCUGGAGAGAGAACUUCCUGUUCUGGCAAGACAGUUGUCUGUAGGUUACACAGAUCCCAGGCCACUAAGACACCUGUAGGACUUGCAACAGGCUGGCAAUUUUAUGUUGAAGAUGACAUUGUGGAAGUGGAGUUGAAAACAAACAAGAACUGUGAUAAAGAUUCUCAGAAGAAGGUUUCCAGUAUUAUACAGUUUCACUGUAACCCUGGCCUGGGAGUGAAUGAACCUGAGUUUCUGUUUGAUUCAGUGGACUGUACAUACAUGUUUACUUGGGAGAACCCUUUUACAUGUGCACAUCCCAUUGUUGUGAAUCCACAACCUAUUGGGGAUAAGGCAACAUCACAUACCACAUCAUCAGGUGUCAAAUCUAAAACUGUGGGCACCAUUGUAGCUGUCUUCCUUAGUGCCAUUGUUAUAUGUCUGCUUCUGAUAGUGUUCCAUAAGAAGGAGAGAAGAGAUGCUGUGAUCUCAAAAAUAAGAGGUUUUACCAGAAAACAUUCCGCUAGUUACAGAUAUACUGAGUUACCAUCCAGUGAAGAAGCAGAUGAUCUUCUUCCUGAGAUCACUGCAAAUGACCUUGGAAUUGAAGGGUCAGUACAGACUUCUGCAAAUGAUGAUGAAGUCAACAUUUUACAAAAUGAGGAUCCUCCUCCUGUGAGCAGUUACCAUGACGACAGUGAUGAAGAGCUGUUAGCUUAAUGACUGAAAUCCUGAGAUCCAUAUCAAACAUUUACCGCUAAUAAUUGUGUGUGAUGUUUACACUGGUGUCAGAUGUGUGCUGUAGUAAAAGAAGUAUGCAUUAGUGACAGAUAUGUUCACUUGUGACAGAUAUGUGACUUGUACAUUGGUGACAUAUUUGUGGUGUGCACUGGUGACAGAUGUGUGACUUUGUGGUGUGCACUGGUGACAGAUGUGCAACUGUGGUGUGCAUUUUUGACAGAUGUGUAACUUUGUUGUGUGCACUGGUGACAGAUAUGUGACUGUGUGGUGUGCACUGGUGACAGAUGGGUAACUGUGUGGAGUGUUUGUAACUGUGUGGUGUGCACUGGUGACAGGUGUGUAACUGUGUGGUGUGCACUGGUGACAGGUGUGUAACUGUGUGGUGUGCACUGGUGACAGGUGUAUGACUGUGGUGUGCACUUUUGACAGGUGUGUGACUGUGACGUAUUGAUGUGCAACUGUUGAUGUGCACUUGUGACAGAGGUUACAGAUUAGGAAAUUGAUGUGUGACUGAUUUCUUUCAUUUUGACCUCUUCUGCAGUGUAAAUAUUCUUAAUUUUCUUAAUGCUUUCUAUAAUGACAGUCUUGCUGUUUAAGUUAGAUUAUUAUUAUACUUGUAUAUGAAAUGUCUUUAAAUUGUAUAUAUUUAUUUAUGUGCUGUGUCUAAAUCUGCAGAAGAGCUGCCAUUGCUAUUGCCCAAGCAUUUACUCUCACCCUGGGCUAAAGGACUUAAUCAGCAUCAAUUUUUUUCAUAUAAAUUUCAUAUUGCUGUAUAUUCUAUACAUAGAUUAUAUAGGUUGAGUUUACAGAUUACUGGCUUUUAACUUGUGAAGUCAAUGAUUUCAAAAGAAGAAUGCUUGCAAAAGAUAAUCAUGUAUUUAUCAGGUAAAAAGUUUUAGCCAAAAAAUAAUGAAAAGUGUCUUACCUCUUAUCCUGGGAACCUAGGAGGGGACAAAUUGAUGUGAUGUAAUCAAACAAGUUAAACACAUGAUUAUAAGUGUGUAUCUUGUGUAAAGUAGUAUUUUUGUUUGUUAAAAAUUAAAAAAAAUACAUUUUUUAAUGCUUUUGGAUAUUUCUGCAAAGAAAUUUCUCAACUCAUUAGCUUGUAUUUUACAUGAUUGUACUUUCCUUGCUUAUAAACAUGUACAGUAGUGAAUAACUAGAAAUGAAUUUCAUGGAGUGUGGUUGAAAAUUUCAUAUCUGAUUGUACUGGAGUAAUAAUGGUGACUUGUGAUAAUUAUGAACUUUAUUUGUGGACCUUCUUUUAACGUUACUUGUGAACAAAGCAUGAAGUUCUAAAUAUGGCUAUCUGUGAUGACAAAGUCAUGUAAAUGUUAACCAUGAUUAUACUACUGCCUUGGUUUACUUUUAUCAUGAUAUUCUUUCUUUAAUUUGGUUAAUAGACCACUUUAUAAGUGAUAUUGAGGAAAUAAAUUGUUAAAGGUGA